AUGUUGUGGUUUUUAGUGUUUAGUGUUUUCCCCGUGUUUUUGAGAGCUAGUCUGUUAUGUGAUGGGUCUGGAUGCAGUAGAGAAUCGAGGAUUAUUGGAGGGGAAAUCACCGAACCUAAUUCUCGACCUUUUCAGGUAGCUCUGUACAAACGGGUAGGAACCACUGGCGAGCUCGGGUUCUGCGGGGGCUCCCUCGUCCAUCAGGAAUGGGUGCUGACGGCUGCGCACUGCUGCUUCCACGACGGCCAGGAAGUUGAUCAUGUGCAGGCUAUCCUUGGGGCGCAUUCAUUGUAUGAUCGUUACGAAAACGGUCGCCGCAUCGUGAACAUCGUAGAAAUAAUAGUGCAUCCGGAAUGGGAUCCGGCCACUUUCGCCAACGACCUGGCACUGCUACGUUUAGCCAAUGUCGUCCAAAUAACUGAAAUGGUUCAAGUUAUUCGGCUACCGUACUUAAAUUCUGUGUCAUCCAACUUCGCUGGUUUAGGAGCCAUUGCAUCCGGAUGGGGCAUUGCAGCGGAAGGUAUAAAUUUUAUAUCACCGACGCUUCGUGAGAAGUUGAUGCCCGUGAUUUCUGAUUCCUUCUGCAACACUUCAUACUUCAAUCAGUUGCCCGAGAACACUGUUUGUACAUUCGACACUGACGCUGGCACUUGUAAGGGUGACAAUGGCGGUCCCAUGACGAUAUAUUUUACAGCAACCGAGGAAACUAUUUUGAUCGGAGUGACGUCCUUUGUGAGGUCCUCGGGCUGCAAUAGCCGGAUCCCUUCAGUAUUCACCAGGGUGCAAAGAUAUCUGAACUGGAUCAGCGAAAUAACUGGGAUUGUUCUUGAUUAA